AUGUCAACAGGUCAGGACAUACGCAUAGUUUUGGUUGGUAAAACAGGAGUUGGCAAGAGUGCUACAGGAAAUACCAUUCUUGGUGACAGGAUUUUUGUGUCAGAGUCAAGAGCUACAUCAGUCACUAAACAGUGUGCAUAUGCAUCACGGAUGAUAAACAGAAGGCAGAUUUGUGUUGUGGACACUCCUGGUCUAUAUGACACAAAACUGUCCAAUGACGAAGUCCUAACUGAAAUUGUGAAUUGCUUUAAAUAUGUAGCUCCAGGUCCUCAUAUCUUUCUUCUUGUAAUGUCCAUUGGGCGCUUUACUGAAGAAGAGAGAGACACCGUUGGACUGAUUCACAGAGUCUUUGGCCGAGCAGUGCUCAACCACAUGAUGGUCUUGUUCACUAGGGCAGAUGAUCUUGAUGAAGUGAGAUUUGAAAAUUACAUUAAGGAUGCACCAGAGCUACAAGAAGUGAUAAAAGCAUGUGGAAAUAACUACUAUAUAUUCAACAACAGAGAGAAGUCAAAUCGUACACAAGUUGAUGAAUUCAUGUGUAAGAUUUUAGCCAUGGUAAAACAGAAUCAUAACAGCUACUACAGCCACAACAUGUUUGAAAUGGCAAAUGAACUCAAGAGCGCUCAGAGAACCACAGCGGAAAAGGAUAAAAUUAUUGCUGACCUAAAAUACAAAUUACUUUCAUUAGAAAGAGAAACAGAAUUCUUAAAACAGAUUCCAGACACUAAGAAGCCAUCUUGCAGCAUACUAUAG